AUGAGGCAAUCGCGUCUCGUCGCGUUCCAGGUCGCCAGUCUCUCUCUCGUCUUUCUGACGAUCUGGGCUGGGUUUCACAGUUUGGCUUCCGAGUCGUGGACGCCGUGGCGGCGCAUCGGUCUUCAUCCGUCUGGCUCGGACAUACAAGAAGUAGCUGAUUCAGCGCCAGAACUCGUUGAUGGGCUGGUCGAGGCGGAACAGUCUGGAAAAGAGCACCAGCUAGAACCUGUUGACAAGGAUCCGCCAUUCAACACGACACCAUUCAUUACGGCCGUGCUGGAUUCAGCGGACACAACACUGCCUCGCCUGGAGUGUCCUGCUCCAAACACUACGCGAUAUGGGUACCUGAAAGCCGUGGGACCGGACGAGAUAUCCGUAGACCUCAGAUACUUCUUCGCGCUCGACCUGCGACAGUCGGUCGAGGUAAUACCCCGACUCCUGGGGUCCAUCGUGGAAGCCAUCCGCUUCCUAGGCCCGUCGGCCUGCGGGCUAUCCAACGUGGAGGGUCACUCAGAAGACGGUACCCUUGAGAUACUGCACGCGCUGCAGCCGGAGCUGGCUGAGCUGGGAAUUGCGUACUACGUUCGCUCAAGCGCCCUCGAUCCGGCAACGGGCGAGCGCAUCACAAGGCUAGCCCAGCUGGGUAACCUCGCCCUGGCACCCCUUGUCUCCCCCGGGGCCAUACCUCCUGCGGCCUUGACUCGUAGGUCUCUACCGGUCCCGGUCCCCGACAGCAAUACGACCAUCGUGUUCCUCAACGACGUGGCAGCCUGUGUGACCGAUAUUCUUGAGCUGGUCCAUUAG